CGGGAACUCCUCAAGGUUGGGAUGGGUUUGGGAUGACGGCAUAAAAAUUUCCCUCCUGCUGCUCCGCUGGUGGGGAUUCUCGGCCGCCGCAUGAGCAGGUCCUGGCCGGGCCAUGGCCUGGCCGCCGGGGCUGCUCCUGCUGCUCCUGCUGCUCCUGCUGCUGCCCGGCCGCGCUCCGGCCGCACGGAGCCGCGACUUCACCGCCAAGGACAUCGUCUACCUCCACCCCUCCACCACGCCGUAUCCUCAUGGAUUUAAGUGUUUCACCUGCGAAAAGGCCUCAGAUAAUUACGAGUGCAACCGCUGGGCUCCGGAUGUUUACUGCCCCAGAGGGACGAGGUACUGCUUCAGCCAGCACAUGAUGAGGGCCAGCGGGGAGAGCGUCUCUGUCACCAAGCGCUGCGUGGCCCUCGAGGAGUGUCUGAGCACGGGCUGCACCUACCUCAGGCACGAGGAGUACAAGGUGUGCACGUCCUGCUGCGAGGGCAGCAUCUGCAACCUGCCGCUGCCGCGGAACGCCUCGGACGCCGUGUUCGCCACGCUGUCCCCGCUGAGCGCCGCGCCGCCGCUGCCCCGGCCCGGCCCGGCCGCGCCGAUCGGGCUCGGCCUGGCGCUGCUGGCACAGCGCUGCCUCGGGACAGCGGCGGGACAGUGAUGGGACAGCGACAGCGACGGGACAGGGACAGGGACAGGACAGCGACAGGGAUCAUGACGGGACAGUGACAGAGAAGGCGACAGGAGAGGGACAGUGGUAGGGACAGGACAGGGACAAGACAGUGACGGUGACAACGACAGGGACAGGGAUGGUGACAGGGACAGGACAGCGCCACCGCCACGCGGGCCCAGCUGAGCCAGCCGGGCUCCCGAAUUCCCGCCUGGCUUCUGGACAAUCCCGGCGUGUCCCGUUUGCUGAAGGAGCUCCUGGAGGCGAUCCCGGAAUCCUGCGCUAAUCCCGGGACCAUCCCGGAGAAAACCUCUGAGGCUGGAAAAGCCACCAAGCCCGGCCUAACUUUGGUAAAGCCCGGCUUAUCUCGGUGAAGAACUGGCACUUCCAGUGUUACGUCACUGCUCGCGUCACCGUAUUCCCUUUGGGAAUUCCCGCUGGCGUUCCCAGCUCAUUAACCCCCGCUCAUUAACACGUGGUAAUUAACAGAUGAUCGGGGCUGCAGCUCCUCUGGGGUGGGCAGGGAUUGGCAGCGAGGAAGCAGCGCCUGGAAAGGAGGAGAUCCCAUCGCCCGGGACACGCGAGCAGCGCCGGAAUUCCCGAACUCCAGCAGAGAAAUCCCAAAAAAUCCUCAUCUCCGGCAGAAAACCUCUGGAAUUCCUAAAUUUAACCAGAGAAAUCCCAAAAAAUCCUCAUCUCCGGCAGAAAACCAAUGGAAUUCCUAAAUUUAACCAGAGAAAUCCCUAAUAAUCCUCAUUUCCAGCAGAAAACCGCUGGAAUUCCUAAAUUUAACCAGAGAAAUCCCUAACAAUCCUCAUCUCCAGCAGAAAACCAAUGGAAUUCCUAAAUUUAACCAGAGAAAUCCCUAAUAAUCCUCAUUUCCAGCAGAAAACUGCUGGAAUUCCCAAACUCCAGCAGAAAAUCCCCAAAAAUCCUCAUAUCCGGCAGAAAACCUCUGGAAUUCCUAAAUUUAACCAGAGAAAUCCCAAAAAAUCCUCAUAUCCGGCAGAAAACGGAUGGAAUUCCUAAAUUUAAGCAGAGAAAUCCCUACAAAUCCUCAUCUCUGGCAGAAAACUGUUGGAAUUCCCAAACUCCAGCAGAGAAAUCCUUAAAAAUCCUCAUCUCCGACAGAAAACCUCUGGAAUUCCUAAAUUUAACCAGAGAAAUCCCAAAAAAUCCUCAUGUCCGGCAGAAAACGGAUGGAAUUCCUACAUUUAAGCAGAGAAAUCCCUACAAAUCCUCAUUUCCAGCAGAAAACCGCUGGAAUUCAUAAAUUUAACCAGAGAAAUCCCCAAAAAAUUCUCAUUUCUGGCAGAAAACCGCUGGAAUUCCUAAAUUUAAGCAGCAAAAUCCCCCGAAUUCCUCAUUUCCAGCGGGAUUUGAGGCGCACAGCCCUCAGCAGGAGGAUGAGGAGCUGCUGCUCCCCUGAUUCCCGCUGGUUCAGGGGGAAUAUUCCCAAUAUUUUCCCUUUUUUUUUGCCCCAAACCCCACAGUCUGAAGGAGAGGAAGUGGAUCCUGAACAUCCCCUGGGAUUUUUAUUCCGCGGGCUCUGGGCUGCAGCCACGUUUGGUGGCCCGUGGUGCUGGUUUUGCUGGGAAUUCACGGAUGCAAUAUUUAUUUUUGUAUGUCGAGGAGGGUUUGGAAGGGCUGGAGAAGAUUCCAAAACCCCCUGAUCUUGCCAGGAAAAAGGGAUGAGUUUGCAAGUCAGGUGAGCCUGUAAUAUAGAAACGAUCAAAAAUAUAUAGAAAUAUAAAGAUAUAUAUUUUAAAAAAAUGGUUUACAUCACUUUUUUAAAAAGAAUCAACUUUGUCUUGCAAAGUCAGUAAUAAAAGCAGGGUGUCAUGGACUUGCUUUAAACUGGUUUAUAAUUAAUUUUUUUUAAAAAAGAAUGAUUAAUUAUUCUUUCAGGAGCGAUUUUUUUUCCUAUUUCCUGCUCCAAUGUAAGCUGAGCUCUAUCAAAAUCUGGUAUUUUUAAGGCUCAAAAUGCCUUUUUUUUUUUUUUUUUUUUUUUUUUUUUUUUUUUUUUUUGGGAAUUACAGGGAAAUGCAGAGUCCUGGAGAGCUCCCCAGCUCACAGAAUCCCUGUGGGAUAUUCUGAAAAAUCAGGAAUCUGCUCAUGGAAGGGGCUCCCCUGAAUUUUGUGGCCUUGGGAUGGAUUUUCCAGGGAGAUUUCUUGGAGGUUCAGGAGCAGCCCUUGCUCCCCACUUAAUUCCAGGUGAUUUCUCCAGGGAAAGAAAAGCUCAUUGUGUUUUACAGGAGAUGUUAUUUAAAAAAUUACAUAUAUAUAUAUAUAUAUAAAAUUAUAGAUAUACAUCUUUAUAAAAAUUGACCUUCACCACUGUUUGUUUCGAGUGAUUUUUUUAAUAUAAAAAUCAACAUUUUUUUUGGCCUCGCCCCCAGCCAAACCUGGAAUUUUGCUGUCCUUUCACCCAUCUCUGAUUUUGAGAGCUUUAAUUUCUUUUUCUAUGCAAAUUCCACCUGGCUCUGGAGAUCCCAAAAAAAAAAUCAAAGCCUGUCCCUCCUCUGGAUGCUUUAAAGAAAGGAAAUUGAGGUGUCUGAACCCCCCCUGCACCAGUUUGGGGUUCCCUGAGCUCCUGGGGGGGUUCCAAACCCCACAAACGCUGAGCUGCACCAUUAUUUAUUUUUAUUUUUUUUUUUUUUAGGGAUCUUGCUUUGAAACGUUUAAUUGUUUUUUAACAGGUGUAAAAUUCUUGUACAUUUGUAUAAAUAAAAGGGUUGAAUAUUC